CUCUCUCUCUCUCUCUCUCUCUAAAAUUGCCCUUCUUCCGCCUCUUCUCUCCUUCAAUGAAGUUUUUUUAAUAGCAUAUAAAAAAAAGAAAAAAAAGAAAAAGAAAACUAUAACAACAACAAUAAUAGUAACAAUACACUGCUACUCCUCAUGUGGCGUAGAAGCUUCAUUAGAUGGAUCAUCUCUCUCCCUUCCCCUUCCUCUUUCCCUAAAAUCUCUCUUCGUCCUCCUCCCCAAUCCAACCUCAAAUCCCUCACAACCUCCAAUUCCCUCUCUCCCAACCCCAAAAUCGCUUCUUUUUGCUCUUCUCCCACCGUCCGCAACCCCAUCCAUGGCGGAGUCGCCGAAGAGGGCCCCGAAGACGACGAUGACGACGAAUUUGCGGAGGGGACGAAACCGCUGGGACCGGAGAUCCUCAGAGACCUCGACGCGAUCGUCUCCUCCCUCCGUGGCCUCUCCUCCGACGCCGCCGCGGCGAAGCGGCGCCUCGAGGAGUGCGGCGUCGCCGCCGCCCCCUCGCCGGAGCUCGUGGCGGCGGCGCUCGCGAGGCUCCGCCACGACUGGGCCGCCGCGUUCACCUUCUUCCUCUGGGCCGGCGCCCGCGGCCCCGCCUACGCCCACCCCGCGCGCGCCUACCACGCCAUGAUCGCCAUCCUCGGCAAGGCGCGCCGCUUCGACACCGCCUGGUCCCUCGUCCACGAGAUGCGCCGCGGCGGCGGCGGCGGGGUGACGCGGCGCACGAUCCUGAUCCUGAUCCGGCGCUACGCGGCGGCGCGCGACGUGGCGGGCGCCGUGGGCGCCUUCCACGCGCUCCGGCGCUUCGGGCUCGCGCCCACCGCCGAGGACUUCCACGGCCUCCUCGGCGCGCUCGCGCGCUACAAGAGCGUCGCCGACGCCGAGCACCUCCUCCUCUCCAACGCCUCCACCUACCCCCUCCACACCAAGAGCUUCAACAUCGUCCUCAACGGCUACUGCAACAUCCUCUGCAACCUCCGCGAAGCAAAGCGCUUUUGGCGGAGCAUGGACGCAAAUGGAGUCGCCAAAGACGUCGUCUCCUACGCCUGCAUGAUCUCUUGCUUCUCCAAGGCCGGAAACCUCAGCGACGUUCUCAAGCUCUUCGAUCUGAUGAAGGCGUCGGGGAUCGCCCCCGAUCGCAAGGCCUACAAUGCGGUGAUCUACGCCCUCGCGAAAGGCCGGUGCGUCGACGAAGCCAGGAACCUCGUGAAGGUGAUGCUGGAGAAUUGCAUUGCCCCUGACGCAGCCACCUACAAUUCUCUCAUUCGGCCGCUUUGCAAAAUGCGGCGCAUCGACGACGCGCGCAAGGUGUUCGAUGAAAUGCUCGAGAGAGGGCUCGCGCCUUCCGUAAGGACGUUCCAUGCGUUCUUCGACGUCGCGCGGAGCGCAGACGAGGUGUUCGAUGUUUUGUCUCUGAUGAAGGGAAGCAGAUGUGGCGCGGUGACCGACACCUAUAUCAUGCUUAUCAGGAAGCUUUGCCGGUGGCGGCACUACGACGGUGUGCGCAGGUUGUGGGAGGAGAUGGCGGAGAGCGGGUUGGGCCCCGACAGAAGCGCGUAUAUCGUGCUGAUUCAUGGGUUGUUUCUGAAUGGGAAGCCGGAAGAGGCUUAUCGGUAUUACGAAGAGAUGAACGCGAAGGGCUUCUCGCCGGAGCCGAAGACGGAGGAGAUGAUCGGAGCGUGGCUUUCCGGAAAAGCAGCUGCUGCUGGGCAAAGUGUGGUGGUACAGUGAAAGAUAAAGCAGCUUGCUCCAGAAUUGUUUGGGGAAUCAAUCCAAGAUUGCCUCUGGCUGUGUCAUUUUGUGAACUUACCCUGAUACAGGAAUUAUGUUUACAACUUUUUUGAAAUCUAUGAAUGUUUUAGAGUAAUUGUCAAUUCAAAUAUCCUAUCAUUAAAUAGUUCAAAUGUACCGAGAAUAUUGCUUAGCAUUGAACAUCAUCUAACGCCAUGAGCGAAUGAGAGUUAAAGACAGCAAAAAAUAUAUUUUAUUCGA